AUGCGGAACUUCCUGGUCGCCUUGUUUUUGAGCGCUGGCGCGCCCAUGAUUUUGUACGGCGAUGAGUACGGCCGGUCUCAAAGGGGCUGCAACAAUGGCUGGUGUCAAGAUGCUCGCUGCUGGUUUUCUUGGAGUGACUCUGAGAAAGAAGAGAACGGCCUCAUGCGCUCCGUGCGGCUGCUGAUCUCCUUGAGGAAGCAGUAUGCUGGCAUCUUCAACAGGGAAGAAUCCAUGUCCAACAAGGACACAGAUAUCAGAAGGGCGUUUGGUGGCGAGUGCACUGGGAUGACCUUCACGAGCGUCAUACAACUACAUUUGCUACGUCCUUCACGACCACCAUGCCACAGGGCAAGGCUACGCAGGGUUGCUGGUGGCGUUCAAUGCGGGCCACGAGGUGCGCAGCUGCCACUCUACCAGAAGUCAAGAGGCAUGCCAUCUAGCACGUGA